AUGUCGGACGAAGGACAGAAGAAGCAGAGUGGAUUCUCAGGCAUCCUCAGCGGCGUGACUGACACGGUGGGCAGCACCGUCGGUGGCGUAACUGACACCGUCGGCAACACGGUCAGCGGCGUCGGCCAGGGCGUUGGCAAGACCGUCGGCGGCGCGACUGAAGGCAUCGGAAACACGACCAAGGCGGCAGGCAACACCGUCAAGGACGGCACUGACUCCAUUGGUGGAAAGAAGCAGACUGGUGAUAAUCCGCUUGGGUUGUAG